CGCCCUUGUCCUGGAACGAGCCCGUGUUCAUUCAAUUGCAUCUCUUGUCCUCGGUCAUUGUUCUUUCUUCCAUCCGCCUCCCCUCCCCUCUGACUUCUCUCUCUCUCUCUCUCUCUCUUUCUCUCUCACACACGAUAUAUCCACAGUAUGGGCAAAUUCCAGCGGUCAAAGGUCACAACACGGUCCGGUGGCUCUGGAGCACUAACCUACACUGUCAGCGACCUCCUCACCCAAGCCAACCAGGCCGUCGACCGUUUCGAGUUCGAACUCGCUCACCAGUUUGUCAUGCGUGCACUUCAAAUGGAGCCCCAGAAUCUGAAUGCACUCGAAGCCGCGGGGUCGAUUGAGGUUGAGUUGGAACUCUUCAGCGAGGCCAAGCAGCACUUCCUGGAAUGCGUGAAGCUUCAGCCAAACACAGGAUACACCAAAUUCAUGUACCUGGGUCAAAUGUCCGAGCAACUGGAGGCGAUCUCGUACUUUCAACAGGGCGUCAAACUCAUGAUGGAAGAGCGUUCCAAAAUGCCAAUUGAUUUGACCAAAGGAAGCGAUUAUCUGGUACUUUCGAGCAAAAUCUCGUCCGCACUUUGCUCCAUGACCGAUAUCUACCUCACUGAUUGCUGCUUCGAGCCAGACGCAGAGUCCCAAUGCGAAUCCUACCUCGCACAAGCCAUGCAAAUCGAGCCCAUUACUCCAGAGACCUAUCAGACCCUGGCCUCCGUCCGUCUCAGUCAACAGCGUAUGGACGAGGCCAAGGCUGCACUCGCACAGGGACUCGCUCUUUGGUUGGGAUCGGAUCCGACAGAGGAUGAUGGUCUCACACCAGACUACGAGACUCGUCUAGCGCUAGUCAAAUUGUUGUUGGAGACGGCCAUGUACGACGAGGCAUUCACGGUCCUGAACGGAUUGAUCGAGGAGAACGAUCAGGUCCCGGAUACAUUAUAUUUGUUUGGAUGGGCGAAUUAUAUUGCGGCCGAGGAGAUUGAUGAGUCUGUACAGAACGCGGAGGAGGAGAGGAGGGAACAGUUGGAGAAUGCUCGUGAGGCAUUAAACGCAUGCGUAAAGUUGUGGCAUGCAACAGAGUCAACAGACGAGCCGUUACUGCAACAUACCCAGGAACUGUUGGAAACCAUCGUUCAGGUUAUUGGACCAGAAGUAGAGCUAGAAGAGCCUGAAGGCGGCAAAAUUGAAUACGAAGAUGACGAAGACGAGGAAAUGAGCUAGAGAAUACAUGCGCACAUAUGCGCACUCACCAUCAAUCAUUCAUCGACGUCUAUUUCACAAUCACAUCCACCUUCGCUACCAUCAUCUUCAAAUAUAUAUAUACAAAAGCGA